AUGGCGGACUCCACCACCACCACCACCACAAAAUACACCAACCGUCCGAUCCCGCGCAUCUCCCUGCGGGACUUCGACGCGCGCAUCGACGCCAUCACCUCGGCGCUGGUCUCGGCCGCCGAGACCAGCGGGUUCUUCGCGGUGGUCGACCACGGGAUCCCGGCCUCGGCCAUCGCGGCGCAGUUCUCCCUGGCCGAGGCCUUCUUCUCGCUCCCGGACCCGGUCAAGGCCCGCGUGCCCUUCUCCCCGCGCUCCAACACCGGCUGGGAGCGCGCCGCCCAGGCCCGCCCGAGCACGGGGCGGCCCGACCAGAAGGAGAGCUUCCAGGUGCAGUUCGGGAUGCCGGAGAGCUCCUGGCCGCCCGAGCCCGAACCCGAAUCGGAGUCCGAGGUUGGGGCCGGGGCUGGAGGCUUCAAGCAGAAGACCCUCGAGUUCAUGCGCCUGGCGCAGGGCGUCAGCGAGAAGCUGAUGGUGUGCUUCGCGCGGGGGCUCGGGUUCCCGGACGCGUACUUCGUGCGGGCGCACGACGUGCGGCGGGCGGGGGCGCAGACCGUCCUGCGCCUGCUCAAGUACUUCGCGCUGGACCCGGCGGCGGGGCCUGCGCCGGAAGGGUACCACCGCGCGGGCGCGCACGCCGACUGGGACUUCGUCACCCUGCUGUUCCAGCGCCCCGGCCAGGGCGGCCUGGAGAUAUGUCCCGGGCGGGAGGCCUUUACCGAGUUCGGCCUGGAGGAUACCUGGACGCCCGUCGAGCCCGUGGAGGGCGAGAUCGUGUGCAACAUUGGCGACCUCCUGAUGAGCUGGAGCGACGACCGGUUCAAGUCCACGUUCCACCGCGUCAAGACGCCGACGGACCCGGCCACCGACUACUACGGCACGCGGUACAGCAUGGCGUACUUCAACCAGCCCAACGUCGACUGCGAGAUCCAGGGCCCCUUGAAGAAGUACCCGAUGGUGACGGGCUCGGAGUUCACCCAGGCGGCCAUGAAGCGCAACUACGAGGCUCUGCAGGCGACGAAGGCGGCGAUGGUGGACAAGACAGGUGGUGAGAAAGGGGGGGAUUUAGUAGUUGCGGCGGCAGCAUAA